AGUAGAGCCGUUCUUGUGACCUUUGGCAACGCGAUGGAGCUUGAGCAUUUCGACGAGCGGGAUAAGGCGCGGCGGCACAGCCGAGGGGACAGGCUGAACGGGGUGACUAGUCCAGCACACAGCGCCCACUGCAGUCUCUACCACACCCGUACCCUCAAGACCCUCAGCUCGGAGAAGAAGGCAAAGAAGGUCCGUUUCUACCGCAACGGGGACCGUUACUUUAACGGGAUUGUGUACGCCAUCUCCGCGGACCGGUUCCGGUCUUUUGAUGCCCUGUUGGCGGACCUGACCCGCUCCCUCUCUGAUAAUGUGAACCUACCACAGGGUGUACGGACCAUCUACUCAGUGGAUGGAACCAAAAAGAUCACCAGCACUGAUCAACUGGUGGAGGGCGAGAGCUACGUGUGCGGCUCCAUCGAGGUCUUCAAGAAGCUCGACUACACCAAGAACGUCAACCCCAACUGGUCUGUGAACGUCAAAGCUUCGUCUGGCGCGGCCGCCCGCGGGCCUCCAUCCCUGGGCAGCUCCAAGGCCGGACCUCCAGACACCCGGGACCAAGCGGUGAAAGAUUUCAUCCGUCCCAAGCUGGUGACGGUGGUGCGGAGCGGGGUGAAGCCCAGGAAGGCUGUACGAAUCCUUCUCAAUAAGAAGACGGCCCAUUCAUACGAACAGGUCCUGACCGACAUCACGGAGGCCAUCAAACUGGACUCUGGAGUGGUGAAGAGGAUCUAUACUCUGGAGGGGAAACAGGUGACAUGUCUCCAGGACUUCUUCGGUGACGAGGACAUCUUCGUGGCGUGUGGACCGGAGAAAUACCGUUACCAAGACGACUUCCAGCUGGAGGAGAAUGAGUGUCGUGUGAUGAAGUCAAUGGCCUAUGGUAAAAUGUCCGCUCCUCUGACCAACCGUGGUUCUCCUCGCUCCGUGGGCCUGUCCAAACGCAGAAUGUCCCCCGCAGGCUCCGUGAACGGGAAUCCGACCAGUCAGCUGUCCACUCCUGGCUCGGGGAAAUCUCCAAGCCCCUCCCCUUCCGGCCCUGCUUCAGACCUCAGACCACGCAGGGAGUCUCAGGGUUCAUCUAUCUCUCUGGCCUCUACCAAAGUCUCUAGCUCCAUAGAAGAAGGGGAUGGAGCUGAGUCUAUAGUAGAGGAUGAUAUCCCUGCGGUGCCUGCCUCCAUAUCGGAGCGCUACAGAGUGGGACGUAUGUUGGGAGACGGUAACUUUGCGGUGGUCCGGGAAUGUGUGGAACACUCUACAGGCAGGGAAUACGCCCUGAAGAUCAUUAACAAGGGCCGAUGUCGGGGGAAGGAGCAUAUGAUCCAGAACGAGGUAGCCAUCCUGAGGAGGGUGAAACACCCCAACAUUGUCCUGCUGAUCGAGGAGAUGGACACCUACAGUGAGCUCUACCUGGUUAUGGAGCUGGUGAAGGGGGGCGAUCUGUUCGAUGCCAUCACGUCCACUAACAGAUACACGGAGAGGGACGCCAGCGGGAUGCUGUACAACCUGGCCAACGCCAUCAAAUACCUCCACAGCCUCAACAUCGUACACAGAGACAUCAAACCAGAAAACCUACUGGUGUAUGAGCAUGUUGAUGGCAGUAAGAGUCUGAAGUUGGGGGACUUUGGUCUGGCCACCGUAGUAGAUGGACCCCUCUACACCGUCUGUGGAACACCCACAUAUGUAGCACCAGAGAUCAUCGCAGAGACAGGGUAUGGCAUUAAGGUAGAUAUCUGGGCAGCAGGAGUUAUAAACUACAUCUUGCUGUGUGGCUUCCCUCCCUUCCGAGGGAGCAGUGAUGACCAGGAAGUGUUAUUUGACCAGAUCCUGAUGGGACAGCUGGAGUUCCCUCUCCCCUACUGGGACAAUGUGUCGGAGACUGCCAAGGAUCUGAUCAGGUCCAUGUUGGAGGUGGAGGUGGAUCAGAGAUACACAGCAGAACAGGUUCUGGACCACCCAUGGAUCCAUGAUGAUGGUGUGUCGGAGAAUGAACAGGAGCUGUCAGUAGCAGGGAAGAUAAAGAAACACUUCAACACCAGCCCUAUAACUAACGACACCACCGCCGGAGUGUCAGUCAUCACGGCCACCGCUCUUGAUAAGGAGGGGCAGGUUCUCAGACGAAGAUGCAACCAGGAUGUGAGCUCACGGCCGUUGCCGUUGACAACAACAACAACAACAACAACAACAACAAUGGAAAAACCGGCUAGCUGCCUCCCCAGCCCGACCCUCGCCCCCCUCUUUCUGACCUUUAUCCUCGGCUCCGUCCCUAAUCCUGACCCCUCCACCAGCCACACCCCGGCGUUGGACGAUGAGGAUACCUCUCUUAGCUCAGCUGGGACUGUUCGUUCUCCUUUUAGAGGUAGGGAGAGGGGCAAUAUGUUCUCCUAACUCCCACUUUUGGAGGUAGGGAUAGGGGCAAUAUGUUCUCCUAACUCCCCCUUUUAGAGGUAGGGAGAGGGGCAAUAUGUUCUCCUAACUCCCCCUUUUAGAGGUAGGGAGAGGGGCAAUAUGUUCUCCUAACUCCCCCUUUUAGAGGUAGGGAGACGGGCAAUAUGUUCUCCUAACUCCCCCUUUUAGAGGUAGGGAGAGGGGCAAUAUGUUCUCCUAACUCCCCCUUUUAGAGGUAGGGAGAGGGGCAAUAUGUUCUCCUAACUCCCCCUUUUAGAGGUAGGGAGAGGGGCAAUAUGUUCUCCUUACUCCCCCUUUUAGAGGUGGGUAGAGGGGAGAGAUGGGAGAAGAGGGGUGAUACAUUAUCCUAACUCCCCCUUUUAAUAGUAGUAAGGGGGGACGAGGGGAAGAAGAGGAGGAGGAGAGGAUUGGGGUUGUCUGCCCCUCUACCUCUUAUUUUAGAAGUAGGGUGGGGGAGGAGCAGAGGAGAUGAGGAGGGAGGGAGGGAGGGAGGAAGGACAGGAGUGGUCUCUCUCUGCUCAGCUGGGACUGUUCCUUUAGAGGUAGGGGAGGAAAGUAGAGGAGAUAGGGGAGUGGUCUCUCUCCUCUGCUGGGACUGUUCCUUUAGAGGUAGGGGAGGAAAGUAGAGGAGAUAGGGGAGUGGUCUUUCCUCCUCUGCUGGGACUGUUCCUUUAGAGGUAGGGGAGGAAAGUAGAGGAGAUAGGGGAGUGGUCUCUCUCCUCUGCUGGGACUGUUCCUUUAGAGGUAGGGGAUGGGAAGUAGAGGAGAUAGGGGAGUGGUCUUUCCUCCUCUGCUGGGACUGUUCCUUUAGAGAUAGGGGAGGAAAGUAGAGGAGAUAGGGGAGUGGUCUCUCUCUCCUCAGCUGGGACUGUUCCUUUAGAGGUAGGGGAUGGAAAGUAGAGGAGAUAGGGGGGUGGUCUAUGCUCCUCCCCCCCAUCUCCGCCUUCUAGAACAGAACAGGGGAGGGGGGUGAAGAGGGACAGGGAAUAGGGGAGAGAUAGAGAGACAGGGGAGAGAUAGAGAGACUGGGGACAGGGGAGAGAUAGAGAGACUGGGGACAGGGGAGAGAUAGAGAGACUGGGGACAGGGGAGAGAUAGAGAGACUGGGGACAGGUCAGUGGCCGAUGGUCAAGAAAAAGGAGAAGAGGUGAAGAAGAAGAAGAAGAAGAAGAAGAAGAAGACGUAAAGGACUUUUCCAAACGUCUUCUCAACGAACAGAACACACGUUGGAGAGCUGUAGAUCUGAAGAGGGUCGACAUGCUAGUUAACCCUUUGUGAGGAUCAGAGUUCUACGUAGUAGCAAGGACUGUGUCUCCUCUAGAUACAGUCUGGGUCAACCUGUACCAGCAGCCACCUAUGGGACACCUUUUAAUGCAACACUCCAUGUUUGUAUUUGUCUUCUACCUUUAUUCAUUUUUUCCACCGAGGUUUGAAGAAAAAUGAUGUCGUAUGGUGGUUAACGUUUCAGAAGAACUUGUUUUGGAAACAGAAGUGAAAUAGAGAAAUAGAGAAAAAUGUGUACGUAUAUUUAGCCACAGUUAGUUUUUCUGGAUGGAUCAAGCACUUCCUUGAUGAACUGAACUGUCUGAUCUCUCUCAAAGCAGCUACAAGAAAGAGACGAACAGAAAGCGAGAGAAGGUGGUCGAUACUCAACUCCAUACUCUUCCUCUUCUUCCUCACCCUACUCUCUCCAGAACAGUGAUGUCUUUCUGUAGUGUUUGGCUACUAGCUAUACUUCAGUACACAUUAACAAUUUACAGACCAUAACUCACCUUCAUGCUAGUUACAUCUGGACUCCACUUUCAGGUCCAGUAGACAGGGGUUUAUUAUGGCUAAGAGAAGACCAGGGGUCUGUUCAGUAGACAGGGGUUUAUUAUGGCUAAGAGAAGACCAGGGGUCUGUUCAGUAGACAGGGGUUUAUUAUGGCUAAGAGAAGACCAGGGGUCUGUUCAGUAGACAGGGGUUUAUUAUGGCUAAGAGAAGACCAGGGGUCUGUUCAGUAGACACAAAACGUUUCUAAAUCUAGUAGGAAUCAAACUAACUUGGUUAAUUAGAAAAUGUAUUAACGUUUUCCUUAUUUAACGCUUUUCUGACCGUGACUCAACCCCCGAGGUACUCUCUCUGUCCGUUGACACACAGUGUUGCAGGUAGAAAUAACAAAACAUAGAUCACAUUUCACAAGGAAAACAGAGAACAAUGUAUUUUCUAUCGAUGUAAUAUCUACAUCUGCAACCCUAUUCACUGUUCUCUCCAUGUAGCCAGAGGAGCACAGUGAGAGAUGUCUCAAAAUGGCACCCGUAGGGUUCUGGUCAGACGUUGUGGACUAUAUUGAAAAAGGUGCCAUCUUGGACUUAUAUCCGGACUAACUAACUCUUGUAACAGAACAUGUUUUGGUGACAGGGUCUUGUUUGUACUCUAUGUAAAUAAUAUAAUUUAAUUUAUUUUAAUAGUUCACAAUAUAUUUCUUUAUCUACAUCUAAAAAACAACAUAACAAUACGAGUCAGUGUACAUUCAUAUCGAAUAAACAGUCGGCAUGGAUCAACUUCCUGUCACACGACUCGGGGAAUGACGACAACUUCCUCUUCACGGUGUCUUCAGGGUACUGUAGUCACAGAGUUUCUAAACUCGCGAGACUUAUGGGAGCGUUUGCGAAGCAGAUUCGGCGGACCUGACCGAGGUUAAGAGAAGUUGAGAAUGAUUCCUUUCAGUUGUCAAUCUAUUUUUAAAAAGGCAAAAACCUAGAUUUAAACCUAAACCUAGAUUUAAACCUAAACCUAGAUUUAAACCUAAACCUAGAUUUAAACCUAAACCUAGAGUUAAACCUAAACCUAGAUUUAAACCUAAACCUAGAGUUAAACCUAAACCUAGAUUUAAACCUAAACCUAGAUUUAAACCUAAACCUAGAGUUAAACCUAAACCUAGAUUUAAACCUAAACCUAGAUUUAAACCUAAACCUAGAGUUAAACCUAAACCUAGAGUUAAACCUAAACCUAGAUUUAAACCUAAACCUAGAGUUAAACCUAAACCUAGAGUUAAACCUAAACCUAGAGUUAAACCUAAACCUAGAUUUAAACCUAAACCUAGAGUUAAACCUAAACCUAGAGUUAAACCUAAACCUAGAUUUAAACCGAUGUUCUGAGUAGCUGACCAUGUUAUUACUACAACCCCGUUAAACGUGUCACACUGACACCUUCUCAUUUUCCUCAACAAACAAAAACAAAACAAAAAACAGCUUGAUAUCGAAGGAGUCGAUGACCGUUAGACCCCGAUGACGUGUUUCUGUGCAUGAGUUUACGCGAGCCAACGUCGUCAUGACAUCGCCGUGAUCGGGGAGGGGGGGGGGGGGGGGGUUCUAUUGGAGAAGUUGUUUUUACAUAUAUCUUCACACCUAACCAUCUGUGCUGUAGUAUUUAACCAGUCAUCACAGUAGCUGUCUGGGAAACGCGAGGCGUUCAGUUCAACUCCUCUCCCCAGUGUAUUAGAAUCAGUUGUAUGCGAUACCUAUACCUCUGUUCAACUAAUAAAGUCAAUACUGUUGG